AACGAGUUUGUAUUGACAUACGUAGUCUAUUAUUCCGCAAUUAUUGUUGUAGCGGUUUUUCAAACCAGUUGUGAUUCGGUGAUGAAACCUUGUAAUAUUUAUUGAUGCUGUUGUAAAUUUUUGGAAGUCGAUUAGUGGCUAUUGUUGUGAACGUUUGGAUAUCGGUUAGCUGUAUUUCGAUAACAGAAUAAUUAACGAUUGGUAUGGACAGAUUACGACUAUGGUUAUCGGAAAAUAUUGCAGAAAGCGAAUUAUCAAUUAUGGGACGCCAAGUGUUGCAGCUAAUUCGGCGAGACAGCCACAGUCAGAUACCAAGAAUGAUAACGGACGAAGAAGCGGCUUCAAAUAGUUGUUCAUUUGCUUCGGAAGGCUUCAGUAACCAGCUACUGAACACUGGGACCAGUAAAGAAAUAUGUGAAAGAUGUGACCUCACUAUGAGAGAAUCACCAAGGAAACAAAAUGAAACAGUGGGGAUGUCACCAGCAGAUGGAAGUUCAGAAGAAGAUGAGCCUUCAGAAGUGAAUGAUCUAUUACAACUAAAUAAUGAGAUACAUGAUUAUAAUAGAAUUCAGAGUGCAGUAGGAAGUAAUGAAAUUCUGAAUAGAAGUGGUAAAUUAUUGACACAACCAUCUGCUGUGGGUGAUUAUGCAGAUAGAGCCUUUGAAUGCAGUGCAGAGAAAUUAGUACUCUCUGGUAUUGUUAGUCCAGAAGAGCUACAAGAUGUUAACAAAAUCAUUGCAGAACCCGAAAAUUUUUUUUGUGACAUGGAGGAGUUCACAAAAUUAUUAGACCUAGAUGCAGGAAGUAUCAAACAAAAACAGGAUCAGAAUGUCACUGAAGUGUUAGGACAAAAGGCAACAAAUUGUUUGUCAUUGCAUUUGAUCACUAACAAGCCUUUAACCAAUACCAUUCACAGAUUAAAUGAUGGCUCAGUAUCCUCUGUGUGUGAUUUUUUCUCAAAUGAUAGAAUUAUGACAUAUACUUCCAGUCUGAAUGAGACAAGAAACUAUGUGAAAGAUUUGCCUUCAGAAGCAGGAGAUGUUAAUUUUGCAGAAGAAAAAAGUAUUUCAGAUCCUUCCCUAGGUUCAUCAUUUAGUUCAAUUACAGAACGAUUAGGAGACAGCGCUGAGAAAGAAAUUGCAUUUGAAGGCAAUGAUGAUGAAGGAAUGACACAAGAUAUUCUACUGUCUGAGAAUCGAAUUAAACUGUCAUAUACUCCACAUCAUGGUUUGUGCAAUGAUAGUGAAGGAGUAAGUGUGAAUGAAAAAAAGAAGCAAGUGAAUAGUCUCAAUGAAGUCUUUCGAGGAUGCCCUUCUGUAUUUGAAGAACCCGUUGUUGUGAGAAAUCAACACAGAUCUGGGAAACAUUUCUUGCACAAUGACACUGCAUAUCAUGAGUUACAUCAAAGUGAAAAUAGUGAAAUAAAAACAAAGAAAUGUAAAGUAGUUAUGAAACAGUUAAAUAUUAAGGAUAUGUUCACGAAGAGAGCCAAAGAACAUAACAGUUUUGGAACUCCUCAGAGUAUAAUAAACUCAUGCAAAAAGGUAAAGACUUGUGUGUCAGAAACCAAUCAAAAAGCUGUUUUACACAAAAGAAACUCCACUGCAUCUGAUGCUAAAUUAAAGUGUAGUAUUGCUAAAACCAGUUGCAUGUCUUAUAAACAGGAUACUUUGGAUACUAUAGUACAUGUGAAGAAACAUAAGAAGAAUUCCUUUAAGGUCUGUCAAGGACUAAAAUCGUUCCCAUUUCCAGAGGUAAAGCAUAUAAAAACAACCAGAAAGGAAAUAAUUGGCAGUGAGUCGGUGUACUUAGAUGAUAUCACAGCAAGUGAGCUGGAAGAGAGGUUGUGUAGAGCAGAACCUCUGGAAAUAGGAAUGACUUUAGUAUACAGCGGUGGUUUUUGUGACCUCAACAAACCAACUGACAGUACAACAUUGUCAGCGCACAAAGCAGUGGGUGUUCUGCUAAGCAUAAAAGUUUCCCACUCAGAGGUUCCUAACUUUUACUUCAUUAGUUUUGAUGAGAAUCAUUGGAAGAAUAUUGCUACACCAAAGUGCCUGUUGAAGACUGUUCUGAAUCAACCAUGUCGAAAGAUAUGUUUUUGUGCUCAAGAUUUCAUGAUGCACCUAAUUAAAAGAUUCCAAUUUAGUAGAAGUGAAGUUUGCCUAAAAUGGAUUCUUUUAGAUCCUCUCAUUGGCUGUUGGUUACUUAAUCCUGAUAAAUCAUUUUACUUUUUCUCUGAUGUUACAGCCUCUUUGGGCUUAAAAGAGUCUUCUGCACUUAAGGAUGAGCCAACUCAGACAAAACUGUCCUCACUGCCUCAAGCCUUGGAUAAACUAUCCUUGUGUGCCAAGCUGCUGUAUCAGAAACUUGAGGAAGCUGGAUUGUGGAGACUCUUUCUAGACAUUGAGAUGAAACUUGUCUCAAUUCUUUCAGUUAUGGAGACAAGAGGCAUCUGUACAAAUACAAAAAAACUGCAAGAAAUGCAAAAUAUAUUACAUGAAGAAUUAGAUAAUUUACAAGAACAGUCAUAUAAAGAGGCAGGAAAAACGUUUCAAAUGAAUUCACAACAACAGUUACGAAAUAUACUGUAUGAAGAACUUCAACUUGAUCAGAAAAGCAAUACUAAAGUGAGAGAAACUGCAAAACUUGGUCAAAAGUCAACUUCUGAGCAUGUGCUAAGUCAGCUUAAACCAUGGCACCCUCUUCCUGGAACAGUGCUGCAAUAUCGGCACCUACAGAAAAUCAAAUCAACAUUCAUUGAUGGUGUUUUACAGCAGGUAGUUGAGGGGAAAGUAUUUCCUUCAUGGGGGCAGCAUUGUGCCGCUACAGGGCGUAUAACUUCAAGUAAUCCAAACCUGCAAGCAAUACCAAAACAACCUGUGGUUUUAAAAAUUCUGCCAUUUGAAGUGCAUAGAAGAGACAAAAUUUUGCUAUUGCGAUCACCAUAUCAUACCAGAGAUGGGUACACGUUGUUAUCUGCUGAUUUUCAACAUAUAGAGUUACGUAUGUUGGCCCAUUUAUCCAAGGAUCCCCUGUUGAAAGAGAUACUACAGAAACCUGAUGAUGUUUUCACAUCAAUGUCCAGAAUAUGGUUAGGCAAAACCCAGGGUGAAAUAGAAACAGAAGACCGUGAGAAAACAAAAAGAAUAGUGUAUGCUGUUAUGUAUGGUGCUGGUCCAGCAAAACUUGCAGAGUUUUUAAAUAUUAACCAUUCUGAAGCCUCCAGUAUAUUCAGCACCUUUUUAGCACAUUUCCCAGCUAUCAAAAGGUUUUCUAAUGCAGUUGUAAAAGAAUGUCAAGCAAAAGAAUGCCUUCAUACAAUUACUGGCAGACACAGACUUUUCCCUAAUAUUAGUAGCAGCAACAGUGGAUUAAAAUCAUUCACUGAGAGACAGGCAGUUAAUUUUCUCAUGCAAGGUUCAGCUGCUGAUAUCUGUAAAUGUGCAAUGAUACGUACAGAACUUGAAUUUUUAAAGCAUCCUGAACUGGACGUACAUUUAUUAAUACAGAUACAUGAUGAGCUUGUAUGGGAAGUCAAAGAUGAGAAUUUUGAUAUUGUGAGAGAUAUCAUCAGGAAAUCCAUGGAAGACUGCAGCAAUAUCUAUGAGUUUCAAAUCCAAAUUUCAGUACCAUUGCCAGUGAUUAUGAAGAAAGGCAAAGACUGGGCUAAUAUGCAGCAGAUAUAGCUAUAAUUGUGAAGGAAAUACAGCUAUAUGAGUUAUUAUCAGGAAAAUUAAUUCUAUAGUAUGGGGGAGAAAAUAUGUUAAUCUACUAUAAUGAAGAAUCCUUGGAAAAAAAUAUGAAACUGUAAUGUCUGCAAAUCAAAGAUCAGAGUCCUGAGAAAAAUUCAUUUGAGUGUCACUGGUCAUUGUACAUUUAUACUUUCAUUGCUUUCUAUACUUGUAACUG